AUGCGUGUGGGAGGCAGGCUUGAUAAAGCACCACUAACCUACGACAGCAAGCACCAAAUUCUGCUCCCAUAUCAUCAUCGUUUUUCGGCGUUACUCGUACAAUGCUACCACGAACGAAAUCUACAUGCUUCACCGCAACUACUGGUCGGACUUCUUCGCCUACGAUACUGGAUCAUAGGGGCCAGAAAUCUGGCCAAAAACAUCGUACAUCGCUGCACCAUUUGCUUCCGAGCUCGCCCUAAAUUGGUUGAACAAUUUAUGGCUGAGCUGCCCAAGGAACGGAUCACAGCCACUCGUCCAUUCACGGUAACGGGGGUUGAUUAUUGGGGCCCAAUCCUGCUGAAGCAUCCACAUCGGCGAGCAUCCCCAACAAAGGCAUUUGUUGCAGUCUUUGUCUGCUUUUGCACUAAAGCUGUACACAUCGAACUGGUGUUCGACUUGACAACAGCAAAGUUCAUUCAGGCCUUGCGACGAUUCGUAUCUCGCCGAGGCCCACCUUCCGACAUCUUCUCUGAUAAUGGCCGAAACUUUCUCGGAGCCAAGAAUGAACUAAAGCGACUUAUUCGCCAGCCAGAUUAUUCGCGCAAUGUUAACCAGGAAUGCUCAGUCUGCAACAUCAGAUGGCACUUUAAUCCGCCUAGAGCAUCCCAUUUUGGUGGAUUAUGGGAAUCUGCCAUUCAUUCUGCUCAGAAACAUUUCAUCCGCAUUGUCCGAGACCGACCACUUUUUUACGACGACAUGCAGACUCUUUUAUGUCAAAUAGAAGCUUGCCUCAACUCUCGUCCUCUGGUUCCCCUGAGCGACGAUCCAACGGAUUAUGAGCCAUUAACACCCGGGCAUUUUCUUGUCGGCUCUGCAUUAAAAGCUGUUCCGGAUGACGAGCUCAGUGAGAUUCCGUUCAACUGCUUAAAAAAUUGGCAACAAAUCCAAAAACUGCUUCAGGAUCUCUGGCGGAGGUGGCAUCUAGAAUACAUAAAUACGUUACAACCAAGAAGCAAAUGGGUGCACUCACCUGUUUCCAUCAAGGAAAACCAGCUCGUCCUGUUGAAGGAAGAUAACACUCCACCGAUGCGUUGGCCGACGGCAAGAAUAAUCCAGACCCAUCCUGGCAGCGACGAAGUAGUCAGAGUGGUCACUCUGAGGACCGCGAAAGGAUCCUGUACGCGACCGGUGUCUAAAAUCUGCCUGCUGCCGAUUGCACCAUCGUUGGAGGAAUCAAUUGCACCAUCCAGCGCUGAGCAAUCAACACCAGACGAGAUUCGUGCUUGA